UGAACACGACAACUGCGCCGCUUGCAGCACUGGGAGCAACACCGUUAUUUGGACCAUGCGGCUGUUUCUACGCCGGCGUAUGUCCCCUCUGAAACUGGUGAUCCUCGCCGGGACUCUGUUCUUGGUGGUGCUGGUGGUUCUGCAGAGGGAUGUCGGCUCUGCGCCUGACGGGGACCCCUGGCUAAAGGAACUGGUGAACAGGAAGGACAAGGUGCUGGUCAUGGUCAGAGAUGUCGUCAACAACAUUGGUUUCCAGAUCAAGGCUCCGGAGCCGCAACUGCCUGAGCAGGAGCUGACCACCGAGGACGUCAAGUGCCCCACUGGCUUCUACACACAAGCUGAACUCAAGCCUCACCUGGAAAGACCCCCGCAGGACCCCAACAGCCCUGGGGCUGGUGGGACGGCGUUCCAAAAAGACCAUAUGAGCCCAGAGGAGGAGAAGGAGAAGGAGGAGGGCAUGACGCGGAACUGUUUCAACCAGUUUGCCAGCGAUCGCAUUUCACUCAGCCGUAGUCUCGGGGAUGAAUCCAGGCCUGUGGAGUGCGUGGAGAGGAAGUUUCGCCGCUGUCCUCCUCUGCCGAGCACCAGCGUUAUUAUCGUCUUCCACAAUGAGGCUUGGUCCACGCUCCUCAGGACGGUCUACAGUGUUCUUCACACAUCUCCCGCAAUCCUGCUCAAAGAGAUCAUCAUGGUAGAUGACGCCAGUACUGCAGAGCACCUGAAACUCCAGCUGGAUGAGUAUGUGCGUCAGCUGAAGAUCGUCCGUGUGCUGAGGCAGGUGGAAAGGAAGGGUCUCAUCACAGCAAGGUUGCUGGGUGCCAGUCUCGCUCAGGGAGAAACUCUCACGUUUCUGGAUGCACACUGUGAGUGUUGGCCGGGCUGGCUCGAGCCACUGUUGGCCCGUAUUGUUGAAGAGCCCACUGCUGUGGUGAGUCCUGAGAUCACCACCAUUGACCUCAACAGCUUCAGUUUCAACCGGCCUGUGGCCACCAACCGCGCUUCGAACAGAGGGAACUUUGACUGGAGCUUGACUUUCGGCUGGGAGGGAAUCCCAGAGGAUGCGAAGAGGCUGCGCAAGGAUGAAACUUACCCUGUAAAGACGCCUACUUUUGCCGGAGGUCUCUUCUCAAUCUCAAAGGAAUACUUUGAACACAUUGGUACAUACGAUGACAAGAUGGAGAUCUGGGGAGGUGAAAAUGUGGAGAUGUCCUUCAGGGUGUGGCAGUGUGGGGGUCAGCUCGAGAUCAUCCCUUGUUCUGUGGUGGGCCAUGUCUUCCGCACCAAGAGCCCCCACACGUUCCCCAAAGGCACAGAGGUCAUCACUCGUAACCAGGUGCGCCUGGCGGAGGUCUGGAUGGACGACUACAAGCAGAUCUUCUACCGCCGCAACAAGAACGCUGAAACUAUGGCCAAGGAGAAUAAGUAUGGGGACAUCUCGGAUCGCUUGAAACUAAGAAAUCAGCUGCAAUGCAAGAACUUCACCUGGUUCCUAAACACAAUCUACCCAGAGGCCUUUGUCCCAGACUUAACACCUUUAAAAUUUGGAGCACUAAGAAACUCCGGAUCUCAAACCUGUCUGGAUGUUGGAGAGAACAACCAGGGAGGCAAACCUAUGAUCAUGUACACGUGUCACAACAUGGGAGGCAACCAGUACUUUGAAUACUCAAGUCACAAGGAGCUGCGUCACAACAUUGGAAAGGAGUUGUGUCUUCAUGCCAAUACUCAGCCAGACCCUGUAAAGAUCGAGUUUUGUCAGCUGAAGGGGAAGGGCUCCAGUUUGUCACCACAACAGGAGUGGGUCUUUACAGAGGAAAACCUUCUGAAGAAUCCCAGUAGUGGGAAAUGUUUACAGCUGAAAGGAGGCCAGAUUCAGAUGGACAACUGUAAUGCUGCUGACCUCCACCAGCACUGGACCUUCACUUGACCUCCCAGUGUGUCCACCAAGUGAAGCCUGGCACCUUCUUCCCCUCUCCUCAGACUUGGAUCUCGGGAGCCAGCCGUAUAAUGACCAAGCAGUACUUCAUGCUGUGCAGCUCAGGGCAUCUACAAUCGUGAGUGGACCGACAAAGAGGGAGGACAAAGUAAAGACAGUCGCAUCUGUCGAAGAUUUGAAGGUCGACCUCAACAUGUUUUAAAUUAAUUUAUGAUUGAAUCUCAGGAGAGACAUUUGAAGGUGAUGGGAGAUACCUGCCCUCUACACACUGGACGUUGAAGGCACGAGUUACAGCUUGACCAUGGGAUGGGGGCUUUGAACUGUUAUGACCUAAUUCAGUGAAUUUACACUCCAGCUUGGAGCGUCACUGUAUAGUGACCUUUAUUUUCUUUGUCGGACAAUGACUGAAAUGUGACAGUAUCCACAAGUGUCAUUACAGAUCAGGGGGUGUAUGUUUUUUUUUAAUUAAAAAUCCUACU